CGUCACUCCAAAUGCGCCAGUAAAACUGUCGCAAACUAGUGAUGUCAUCAUGCGCCCCCCUUACCCCCUUGUUUCUUUUGUCGACAGUGUCGCUAGCAAGCAGGAACUCGGACUGAUACAAAGCUUCAAUCGCAAACCCAGGUGCUGACUGCCACUUUGCGAUCAUCGCCCACCCGGCUGUUCUGCCAGACUGUGUUGUUGCAUCAGUAUCCAACACAGAGACACAUCCUCCUAUCUGCUGCGUAACAGGCGGCCCUGGUCCCCCCUCAACCUGCCCCCUGCGCUAUGAGCAGAGGACGAGGAGGGCCCCCCAUAGAGCAUUACCACCGACCCCCUCUCCCCCAACUGCAGGCUAAGCAACAAUACUACAGAGCUACCCCUGGGAUUUCACCCCAGAGCCUCCCCGCAACAGGCCCUACACCCAAACGUCCAUUCAUACCUGGGCCCAGUUCCCCCUCUAGUACCACCCAGUGCCCACUCUCAGCCUCUCUACCCUCUGUCCCUCCCCCACCCGGUCACAGCCCAGGCCUGAGUCAGCAGAGCUCUUGUCCCAGUGGUCCUAACUCCUUCAGGCAGCAGCAGGUCCACUUCCUGAGGGGACAGAACACUGAGGCUCCCCAGUUUAGGGUGAGCCCCAGAGGAGGGGUGCAGAGCUUGGGUCGAGGGGGACCGAACGGACUCUUCAACGAAUCGAACCAGGCCCAGGCAGGGUACAGCAGGUACUCCCAAAACAGCUCUAGGGGGAGAGGGGGAUACGGCAGCGAGCGAGGCAGAGGGAACGGUAGGGACUUCAGGUACCCGCCCAGUCAGGGACUCCCUAGAGGACCAACCGGCCCUACAUUCUGGAACCAGAAGCAGACUUCAACCCAAAAGCAAGGCUUCAACAGACAGUGGAGCCUUCAUGCAGACUGUGCUGACAGGCCGUCUUUCUCAGAAGACUUUCAAAGUUUAUCCUUAGACAGAGAGAGGUCCUUCAGAGGAAGAGUUGACAGAGGCGACAGCUUUGACAAAGCUUCUGUUGGUAGUAGUAAUAAUUCAAACAACAAGAGUGUCCCUACAUUUCAGCCACCCGACAUCCGAGAGCAAGUUUUGCAAGCCUUGGCAGAUUUGAGCCCCGGUGAGAAGCUGCAAGCAAAGUGUUUGGCGAAAACGCUGCGGUUGCCCAAAAAGUUUAUCAACCAGGCCCUUUACGGUCUCGAGCGUGAUAAGAAAGCUUCAAAACACGGUGAAAGUCCUCCAGAGUGGACUGUCUACGUAGAACCACAGGUAGAACCGGAAAGUAGAGAUUCUGAUCCGGAAAGCCCACGUUCCCAACCGAGGGAACAUUCUGUGGAGUCACAGGAAAGUCCUUCAGAAGAAGAUUGCUCUCACUUCCUUUCUGUGAAGGAGGAGGACGUUGUCAUCGAGGCUGAGAUCCAGGAAAUUGAAGCGCAGGGUCCUGAGGGCGACAAAGAAGAAGAUUACUACGUAGAAUCGGAUUCACACUCCUCUUCCUCAGAACCAUCUGAGUCAUAUCGGCAACAUUCCCAGUCCCAAACCCAACAACCCAGUAUCAACAGCAGCAGUAACGAAGAGCUUGACCUAGACCUUGACGAGAGCGACAUGGCGGACUGCGGUAGUAAUCAGAAGGAGUUGAUCCUGCAGUAUCUGCUGGAGGCAGGGGAGGCCACGGCCCUGGUGAUCUCCAAGAACCUGGGCCUGAGGGGUGCCAAGCAGGUCAACCCCACCCUGUACGCCAUGGAGAAGCAGGGUGACGUGAGCCGCAACGCAGAGGUGACCCCUCACAUCUGGGAGCUAUCUGUCCAUCGCAGGGAGAGGAUGGAGAGGAGCCUCAAGGCCGAGCGCAGCGCCCCUGCAAAGGUCGAAGGAAUGGGGUCCGGAUUCCAGGCGGUGCCACCCGGAUUGGAGUGUCUAGAGGCCAACCCUGAGGCGGAGGACGAGUCAAACGGAGGGCAGUGGGCGACCGAUGAUAUCCCCGAAUUCCUCAACGCCAUCAGCCGGGAUGGAGGGGGGACAGUAGCAGUCUCCCUGGCAGCGCCCCCACCUCAGAACCUCCGUGCCAAACUCCAGGAGGUGAGGGCCAAGAACCCCGUCAGCGGCCUGAUGGAGUUUGCCCAGUACCAGGGACACAAUUGCGAGUUCCUGCUCCUCGACCAAUCAGGGCCCUCACAUGACCCCAGAUUCCGUAUGCAGGUCAUGCUGGACGGCAGGUUGUUUCCUGUUGCUGAGGCAUCUAAUAAAAAGGUGGCUAAGAAAGAUGCUGCCGCAGCAACCCUGAGGAUUCUGCUGCGUGAGAUAGAGGGGGGAGGGGCCGAGGAGGGGCUCACUGCAGGGGUGGACCAGGCCAUGGACCCCACCUCUGACGUCCCUGUAAGUCUGAAGUGUGUUCGUGUGUGUGUGGAGGAGGUGGUGGAGGGUCCACCCCAGGCCCUGUCCCGUUCCCUGCCGGGCGGUAAGAACCCCGUGUCCAUGCUGAUGGAGUACAGUCAGCGCACUGGAAACCCCAUCGAGUUCAUCAACACUGGACAGGAGGGCCCACCUCACGACCCACGGUUCAUGUUCAGGGUGAAGAUCGGGGAAAGCCUGUGUGCUGAGAGCUCAGCCCCCAGUAAGAAGGCUGCCAGGCAGCUGGCUGCAGAGGAGGCAGUCAAGGAGUUAAUGGCCGACGGGAGACUGCAGCUCAACAAGCCCCAGUUUCCCCUGUGUCUGUCUGGUGAUGAAGGGGGCUUCAUGCCCGCUUGCCCCUCCUUGCCCCCGCUGACAGAGGAGGAGCUGCGUUCUGCCCACGAGGCGGGGGUUGGUGACCUCAUCAGCCACCUAAACAACAACGCUGUGUCAGGUCUGCUGGAGUACGCCCGGGCCAGGGGCUUCGCUGCAGAGAUACGACUGGUUGGGCAGUCAGGACCACCGCACGAGCCCAAGUUUACCUACCAGGCUAAACUAGGGGGUCGCUGGUUCCCUCCUGUCUGUGCUUCCAAUAAGAAGCAAGGGAAACAGGAAGCAGCUGAUGCAGCUCUGAGGGUUCUGAUUGGAGAGGCAGAGAAGGCUGCCCGCACCGGGGAACUAACCCCUGCAGAGCUGCCACUGAGUGGUGGGACAAUCCAUGACCAGAUCGCCAUGUUGAGUCACCAGCGCUUCAACGCCCUCACCACACGCAUACAGCACAGUCUUCUGGGAAGGAAGAUCCUCGCUACCAUCGUCAUGAAGAGGGGGGAAGGGCUGGGGACCGUGGUCAGUCUGGGAACAGGAAAUCGUUGUGUUAAAGGGGAGGAGCUGAGUCUUAAAGGGGACACCGUUAAUGACUGCCACGCAGAAAUCAUCUCCAGGAGAGGGUUUAUCAGGUUUCUAUAUGCUGAGUUGCUGAAGCACUGUGAAGGAUCAGAGGACAGCAUAUUUGAGACAGCUGAGGAGAACAAGCUCCGGAUCAAACCUGACACCACCUUCCACCUCUAUAUCAGGUGGGCCUUUUUAUUUUAUUUGUUUAUUUCACCUUUAUUUCACCAGGUAGGCUGUACAACCAUCACUUUGACCACUGGCUCUCUCAUACACCCUAUUCCUCAUACUGCAUGGCUUUGUCUUUGGAGUCAAAAGUAUGCCUCAAGGGUGUUUGUGCCAUGUGUAGGUGAGGGCACCAUCCCGGUAGAGUCAUCGACCAUCGUGCCCACCUGGGACGGCAUCCAGCACGGCGAGCGUCUGAGGACCAUGAGCUGUAGCGACAAGAUCCUUCGCUGGAACGUCCUGGGACUGCAGGGAGCCCUGCUCUCCCACUUCCUCCAUCCUAUCUACCUGGCUUCAAUCACCCUGGGCUACCUGUACAGCCAUGGCCACCUGACACGUGCUGUCUGCUGCCGAUUGGCCAGAGACGGCGAAGCCUUCUCCAAGAGUCUACCUGCUCCCUACACACUCAACCACCCCGAGGUACACGUACAGAAACACACUCAACCACCCCGAGGUACACGUACAGAAACACACUCAACCACCCCGAGGUACACGUACAGAAACACACUCAACCACCCCGAGGUACACGUACAGAAACGCACUCAACCACCCCGAGGUACACGUACAGAAACACACUCAACCACCCCGAGGUACACGUACAGAAACGCACUCAACCACCCCGAGGUACACGUACAGAAACACACUCAACCACCCCGAGGUACACGUACAGAAACACACUCAACCACCCCGAGGUACACGUACAGCAACCACCCCGAGGUACACGUACAGCAACCACCCCGAGGUACACGUACAGCAACCACCCCGAGGUACACGUACAGCAACCACCCCGAGGUACACGUACAGCAACCACCCCGAGGUACACGUACAGCAACCACCCCGAGGUACACGUACAGCAACCACCCCGAGGUACACGUACAGCAACCACCCCGAGGUACACGUACAGCAACCACCCCGAGGUACACGUACAGCAACCACCCCGAGGUACACGUACAGCAACCACCCCGAGGUACACGUACAGCAACCACCCCGAGGUACACGUACAGAAACGCACUCAACCACCCCGAGGUGGGCAGGGUGAGUGUGUAUGACUCCACGCGUCACACAGGGAAGACCAAGGAGUCCAGUGUGAACUGGAGCCAGCCAGACCACAUCACUGUGGAGGUGCUGGAUGGGACCAAGGGCAAACUGGACGGCCCCAAACUGGACGUGUCGCGGGUCUCCAAGUCCAACAUCUUCCGUCAAUUCCGGUCGUUAUGCCAACAGUGCGGGCGCCAGGACCUGCUGGCUCUCCCGUCUUACGCCCAAGCCAAGAUGGCCGCCAUGUCCUUCCAGGUCGCCAAGCAGCAGUUCUUUGAUGCGCUCGGUAGCCAUGGUUACGGAGCCUGGAUUGGCAAGCCAUUGGAGGAGAAGAGCUUUGACGAAGCGGCGGCCUCUGAUGGCCAAGGGGCAGGAAGUGUUGCUAAUAGCAACCAGGGAUACAACAACAACAAUAGCUAUGGAAGCACAACCACUGACUAUAACAGCAGCCAGUGGGGUAGUAGUGCGUACACACAGGCCAUGUAGAAAGGAGGGAGAAGGGAGGGUUGGCUAGAGAUGGAAGGACAUGAGCCUGGAGGACGGGGGGAAGGGAGGAGAGGAAAGAGGAGCUAACAGCAAGUACUGGAUCUUCUUGAAAGGGGUAGAGGUCAGACAGAUUGGAAAGGACAGAGUUACUGAGAUGGAGGGAGGGAAGGGGACAACAGGCCAGCCCAAGGGGUGAGGGUCAGACAGCAGCAAGAGAGAUGGAGAGAGAGAAUGGGUUGCUACUGCUACACAAAAGCAACAGAAUAUAGAAAGAGAGGGGAGAAUAGGGGGUUAGUAAGCAUGAUGACUGUGAUGUAGUGACAUUCAGAACUGCAUAGCAUGCACUACUGCUCCACUGUAACAGUAGCCCCAGGACACUAUCCUCACAUGUGCAUACAGGACAAACCCUCCCUGCCCUCACGCACACAGCCCUGUCUCUCUAGUUCAGACACCCUACACCUGACCCUGUCCUACUCGCCAGCCAGCCAUUCAAUCACGCAUGACUAGUUUAAUCUGUACUUAUCAGCCUGAGCAUGGAUAGUAGUGAUCACACUUUAUAUAUAUAUAAACCAGCCCUGUAACUUUUAGCUACUCCCCGACCUAGUAACCCACCCCUUUACACUGUGUUAAUGCUAUGGCUACGUCUACAGGUCACAGCCUGGUCCAUCCCAUAACUCUCCACUGUAACAUAGAUUUGAUGACUAACUAGCCUAGAUCAUAAUUAUUCUGUUAUUGUUGUGUCCUAUGUGGUGUGUAUCGCUAUUGUUCUUGAGGUUUUUGGUGUUGCCACUCGAGGGCCACGUCAGAAAGGACAACGGUGACGUUGAGAACUGCUGAGAACAAGUAAAUCAGCUACUUGUUUUCAUUUUAGGAUUCAUGUUAGGGGGGGGGGUCAAAGUUCAGGUUAGGAUAAGUGAUUACUUGUAGUUGUGAUAAAAAAAAAAGAGAAGAAAGGCUUUGCACUCUUGUCCUUCCUAGCGUGGCCAGAAUGUGGCCGGCAGGUUUUAUGCGGACAGGGAGAAAGACUGGUUUGUUUUUAUGUUUUAGUUCAGUCUGAUCAAAUACAUUCAAGGGUGAAGCAAUAUAUACAUCAUGUACAUACAAAUACAUAAAUACACAGAUGUAUAUGCAAUAACAAUGUUUGUGUAGGGUAUGUAUAUAUCUCUGUGUGUGUAUGUAUAUGUAUAUAUUAUGUAUAUAUUUUGUAAGUCAUGCCUAAAAUUGAUUUUCUAUUGACUAUUUUUUUGAAACGUUUUAUCAAGUGGAUGACAAAGCAUUUUGUUUUAUUAUGUAUGAAAAUUCUGUCAAGUUUUAAGUGAUUAUAAAGACCGGCUUUGUAAAAGCUGAAA